CUCACAGCCCCCUUCUCUCGCCUUUCCCACUUUUCCGUCGGUUGAUUGAGGCGUAUCCCCGGUCUUCGUGAUGAAGGAGGAGAAGCAGAAGUCCCCGCAGGCAGUGGGAGAUGCCCUGGCGGCCGUGAAGGUGGAGAUCCAGAAGAAAAUGGAGGAGAACGUGCGGCUGCUGGAGGCUAUACAGCACGCCCGGCAGAGGGGAGGCGGCAGGCAGGAAACACUCGGGUGAGUGAGAUGGAUGUCGGUGGGUGGGUGGCUGCAUGUGUUGCUCUGUGUGUGCGUGUGUGUGUGUUGCAUGCAGCUACCUGGAGCGGCUGAACCACAAUCUCUUCUACCUGGCGCUGGUUGCCGAUCAGGUGAGGGUGAGGCCGCCUUGACACCUGUUUGUCCGUGUAUGGCUGUGUGUGUGUAGGCUCCCCCCCUUCCACCCCGUGAGCACCCCCCACCGGUCACCCCUGCCACCAGCAGCGCGGGUAUGCAUUAACAUAACACUUCUGGAACCGCACAAGUUGCAAAGGGCCACACCGACACGAUGCUGCUUUCGUGGGCAGGUCAGUCGCAGGCCCCGAGUUCAGUGCCUGAUAUGGCCAGCCACCACCACCACCACCACCAGCAGGUACGUUCUGAUGACACACCCACACCCACACAGCGAGCUGAUGAAAGAUGAGUGUGUUCGUGUCCAUGUGCUUAGGUGGCCAUGAUGCCGCCAUCGGCCUCUGCAGCUGCUUCGAUGGCGCAGCCACAGCCGGCACCACAGAGGGGAGCGUGGACACCACAGGUGAGACAGACAGGGAGGGAGGAGGCAUUGACAGAAGGAGAGGAUGUCCACUGUCGCCGCAGGAGGUGGCCAGCCUGAACAAUGCCAUAGGCAGGGGCGUCCAGCCGAACAGUGAGCACAUAAACCGACACACACGAGCCUGCCAUUCACACAGGAAUCUAUUGACAAUGGUGCGUGUGUUGAUCUGAUCAGACUAUGCGGCGCUGUCGAGCAUGAUCGGCACCAAGUCCGCCAUGGAAGUGCACGCCUUCAUACAGACACAGACCGCCAAACAGAGAGGUGCGCGUUGCGAGCGACUGACUGACCCUAAUGCGUUCGUUCACGUGUCUGUCUGUCCCACAGCGCCCUCUGCGGACGGCGCCCCCCCGCAGGCACAUCCCAUCUGACAUGAUCAUCAGGAAUGACCAAGUUGAUGUGCAGACUGACAAAGAGGGGCGGCUGUGGCAUGUACAGAUCAGACAGAUGCAUUUCGUACCG